AUGGAGAACUAUCAGAAGCUGGAAAAGAUUGGAGAGGGUACUUACGGUGUUGUUUACAAAGCCAAGGAUCUUUCCCAUCCAGGACGUAUCGUGGCCCUUAAGAAGAUUCGACUCGAGGCAGAAGAUGAAGGAGUUCCUAGUACCGCCAUUAGAGAAAUUUCUCUCCUCAAGGAGAUGAAUGAUCCAAAUAUUGUUCGACUUCUCAAUAUUGUUCAUGCAGAUGGCCAUAAAUUAUACCUCGUCAUGGAGUUCCUCGACCUUGAUCUUAAGAAAUAUAUGGAAUCACUUCCAGUUGCCGAGGGUGGUAGAGGUAGAGCUUUACCCGAAGGAUCUGGUCCAGAUUUGGGUAGAAUGGGUAUGGGUGAUGCUAUGAUUAAGAAGUUCAUGAGUCAAUUGUGCGAAGGUAUCCGAUAUUGUCACGCCCAUCGAGUUCUUCACCGAGAUUUGAAGCCACAGAACUUGCUCAUUGAUCGGGAAGGUAACCUCAAGCUUGCAGAUUUCGGUCUCGCUCGUGCUUUUGGUGUCCCUCUUCGAACAUAUACCCACGAGGUUGUUACCUUGUGGUAUCGUGCUCCUGAAAUUCUUCUCGGAGGUCGACAAUACUCAACGGGUGUUGAUAUGUGGUCUGUUGGAUGUAUUUUCGCCGAGAUGUGUACCAGAAAGCCAUUGUUUCCAGGUGACUCUGAAAUUGACGAGAUCUUCAAGAUCUUCAAACUACUAGGUACACCCAACGAUCAAGAAUGGCCUGGUGUCAGUGACAAGACCUGUUUCCCCGACUUCAAACCAUCUUUCCCCAAGUGGCAACGCGAUAUGAGCCAACCUCUUUGCACGAAUCUUGACGAUAAUGGACUGGAUCUCCUCGAAUUGAUGCUUGUCUAUGAUCCAGCUGGACGUAUUUCUGCCAAGCAAGCAUGUUCACACCCAUAUUUUGAGGAAGGAAGCGCGGCAUACUCGGGACGAGGCGCAAGCUCUACAUAUAAAACUACAAACGGAUACCACUGA